GUCUGCGGCGUGCUAAAGUCGCAAACCCACGCGCGGCAUACCGAUCCGCCUUUUUGGCAUUCCUUUGUUCUCCGCUCAUAGCAGACGUUCCACGCGGUUCAUCUGUCUUUGGAUUUGAGGCUGCCCUAUAAUGUCGAGUGCACCAGUGUGGGACUCAUCUCAGAAACCAGUUCAAACUUGGGACCAACAGCAAGCUCGAGCCAGCCCGUCGUCAUCAUCUGGCGCCGCUGCUGCGGCUGACUCAGCCAACGGACCAGCUAACCAGCAGCAAAAGUCUCCGCCUGCUGAAGAUGACAGCCCUCCAGGGGCUGGCGACGAUGCCUCAGCGGAAGGAGUUUGGGCGGCUGACAUCGAGCAGGCGUUCCAAGAGGCGCUCGCUAUCUAUCCACCAUGUGGACGUCGUAAGAUCAUUCUCUCUGAUGAGGGCAAAAUGUAUGGAAGAAAUGAGCUCAUAGCUCGGUAUAUCAAAUUGCGCACUGGGAAGUGUAGAACAAGGAAGCAAGUCUCUAGUCAUAUACAAGUGUUAGCCAGGAAGAAAUCGAGAGAAAUACAAACCAAGAUCAAGGACCAAGCCGUCAAGGAGCAGGCAUUACAAGGACUGGCAUCGAUGUCGUCGGCUCAGAUUGUGUCUGCAUCUGCCAUUCACGGCAAGAUGAGAAUGCCGUUUGGAAUGACUCCAUUGUCUGGCAUGGGAUUGUCCGGAAUGUAUGGCGAACACGGGGUUCCCCAAUCGAGCCCCAGUUAUCUUAAACAGGAAAUGAAUCCACUGAUGUCUCCUCAGGCCAUGUGGGGACAUCCCGCACUUGGUCAACCUAUGCCGCAUUCCAUGAUGGGAUUCAGUCAACCUAAUCUAAUGGCAGGUCCAUUAGUUGUAUCCUCGGUUGGAAACGCCGGCUCUAUAGCCAUGAUGCCUCCAAUGACUGGGUUGGCUGGUGGAACCCCUGUUGGUCACAUGGGCAGUAAUUCUCCACGAAGUGGAUCACCAGUGCAGCGUGGAUCACAGUUUUCGCGUGGGAAUUCACCGGGAGACGCGAUGAAUGCAGUGUCCAAAUCGACGGUGUCGUCGGACUGGAACGGCUGCUCUCUGGCCGCUCCUAAACUUAAACUGAUUGAAUAUGAUGCGUUUGUAGAAACACCGAGCGACGAUCCACGGGCACAGAAGCAUUCGUUUAUUCAUCUGGAACCGUCAGACAGUUCAGCUGUGGAAGGGGUUGUCACAAUGGUGGAUUUUGAUGACAAGUUUCCAGACCACAAGGGCGGUUUGAAGGAUCUAUAUGAUCGAGGACCAGCAGGCGCAUUUUUUCUUGUCAAGUUUUGGGCUGAUGUUGAUACAAACAUUCCUGAAGAUGCUAAUGCUUUUUAUGGUGUGACAAGUCGAUUCGAGUCUCGCGAUAACAUCACAAUUCAAUGUUCAACCAAAGUUUGCUCUUUUGGUCAACAAGUAGUUGAGAAAGUCGAGGCUGGACACAGCACAUUUGAAGACGGCCGGUUUGUUUUUCGUAUUGAUCGUUCUCCGAUGUGUGAAUACAUGAUCAGUUUCAUUCACAAACUGCAACGUCUUCCUGAAAAAUACAUGAUGAAUAGUGUGCUGGAGAACUUUACAGUUUUACAGGUUAUAACAAACAGAGACACCCAGGAGACGCUGCUAUGUAUGGCUUGUAUGUUCGAAGUGUCGGCGACAGACGAAGGUGUGAGGCACAAAGUGUUUAGGCUACUCGGAGAGUAACACUUUGGUCGUGGUUAGCUGUAAUGUUAAGAUUGUAACAUAUAUUAGUAGCCUCAAUUUUAUUGUAGUUAAUUAGUGUUGACACCGAUGGAAUGCAUUGCCGUGCUGUAAGGUCGUUUAUUUCUACUGUGGCGUGUAGACUGCAGUAGGUUAUCCCCACAAGCAAUGUAGUUGUAAAUCUCUCUCAUGUAUUGGUUUUUAGUGAGCUUUUUGAACUGGUAUUGCCAGGAGGCUGUCAGGUAUCUUAGUCAAUGGAAGGAUGUUGAAAUAAACAAUAUUCAUGAAAA